GUUGGAAAAUGGCGACUGUUGCGGAGCUCAAAGCAGUUUUAAAGGAUACACUGGAAAAAAGAGGCGUAUUGGGCCACUUAAGAGCAAAGAUCCGAGCUGAAGUUUUUAAUGCACUAGAUGAUCAAGGUGAAAAACCUCCACCACUGUCUCAUGAAAACCUUCUAAUUAAUGAAUUAAUUCGGGAGUAUUUGGAAUUCAACAAAUAUAAGUAUUCAGCAUCUGUCCUUACAGCUGAAUCUGGUCAACCAGCAGUGCCAUUGGAAAGACAAUUUCUCAUUAAGGAAUUAAAUAUAUUUGAAGAUUCGAAUGCAAAAACAAUACCUCUUUUAUAUGGAAUUAUAUCUCAUUUCUUACAUGCAAGUAAAGAUGGCAUCCAAACCACUUUCAUGAAAGGAUCUUCACUCCAGCCUCCAAGAUGAAAUUUUGACAGGCAGUCCAAUUAAAAAAACAUGAGAUGUGUAUGGGCAUUUAGAAAAGUGAAGGAUUAUGGGCACUAAUACAGAAGAUCAUCAUGUUUCUCAAGCUGUGAAGAAAUGAUAGCUUUCAUUUGGUGCAAAUAUACAUCUUUUA